CCGGGAGGUCGGUCCUUUCCCACUGAGGCCAUAUUGGAGUUUGAGCUCGGGCGGCCGGAGGGGACCGAAGCGCAGUCAUGGUGGCCGCCAAGAAGACGAAGAAGUCCUUGGAGUCCAUCAACUCCAGGCUCCAGCUGGUGAUGAAGAGCGGUAAAUACGUACUGGGCUACAAACAGACCCUGAAGAUGAUCCGCCAGGGCAAAGCCAAGCUGGUCAUCCUGGGAAACAACUGCCCUGCUCUGAGGAAAUCCGAAAUCGAGUACUAUGCCAUGCUGGCCAAAAGCGGGGUCCAUCACUACAGCGGAAACAACAUAGAGCUCGGCACAGCGUGCGGCAAGUACUACAGAGUGUGCACGCUGGCCAUCAUCGACCCCGGCGACUCGGACAUCAUCAGGAGCAUGCCGGACCAGCAGCAGCAGGCCGAGAAGUAGCGGCGCUCUCCCGGCCCGACGAAUAAACGUAAUAAGAACGCUUGCUUCCUC